AUGCAAUACUCCGAUGGAAGCACCACAAGUAAGUCGGGCAAUUGCACGGACGGAGAAGUUGCACUUCAUGCAGCCAUGCACUCGCGAUUUGGCACUCGAACUAUUCAAGGAAUAAUCGAAUCCUUCUUCAAGAUUAUAUCGAAAGCCACUGGUUCAUGGCUGCAGAGCAAAUUCCCCGAGUGGUUCUUACCAGGCAAGAUCGUCUUGAAACGUCAAAAAGAGAACUGGGAAGAGGAGUUUGACCAUGAAGUCAUCGCGUACAACAGACUGCGACCUAUUCAGGGCCUCACAAUCCCCAAGCUCUACGGCAAGAUUCAGUAUGCAAACACCCGUGCCCUGAUACUCUCAGACAUCGGAGGGUCUAGCCUCUCAACACCUGAUGGCGCCGUCCUGGAUGAGCAAGGUAUUGAGCCCCUGUUGCAUCAAGCCUUGAGUUCACUCUAUGAAUAUGGCGUUUGCCAUGAUGGUGUUCUAUUACCAAGACGGCCUGUUCAAAGAUGAGAAAAUGUCUAUCCCUGGUAGGGGAAAGUCCACUUCUCGAUCAGCCCAGUGUAUAUGACAACACUUUCAAGCUCGUACAAAAUCUUGAUUAAGUGUGUGAAUUAUAG